CUGGCUGCGCCGGCUCCGCUAGACAGAAGCCCAAGUUCAGGCUAUGUGUCCAGCUCACACUCCGGCUCCAGGUUCGUCCUCUCUCUGUCACUUCUCCGCCGGCGGGCGGCCAGCCCCUGUCAGCGCUCCUCAGACGCAGCAGGUCUUGAAAUCAAGUCAAACUCAGUCUUGCCACAAAUUUGAAUUCAUGAUCUUUCCCUGAAAUGUGGGCUUGUUCCAAGGUUUCCUGCCAUGGGAAUGUCCUAGUCCUUCACCCUGCUGCAUCAGGUCUGUCAUUUUCAUUAAAAACUGCUGCUUAGAGGUACCAAAGUAAAGGAUAUUUGCUAUAGUUAAUAUUUUCCAUUUCCAGUCCAAGGCCCAGAUAGCAGCAACAAUGGGCUUAGAAGAACACAUGAUGUUUUUAGAGAGAAUGUCACAGCUAAUUUUGAGUGAAGUACCAAAAGCUGAAUAUUCCAGUUUAUUCAAUGAUUUUGUUGAAUCUGAAUUUUUUCUGAUUGAUGGAGAUUCAUUACUUACUACAUGCAUAUGUGAGAAAUCAUUAAAGCCGGGGCAGGAGCUCCACUUCUUUUAUCUGGUUGAAUACUAUCUUAUGGAUCUUACCAGUAAAGGAGGACAAUUUGCCAUCGUUUUCUUCAAGGAUGCUGAGUAUGCAUAUUUCAACUUCCCAGAACUUCUUCCACUGAGAACUGCUUUAAUUCUUCAUCUUCAGCAUAAUACCACCAUUGAUGUUCGAACAACAUUUUCUGGAUGCCUGUCACAGGAGUGGGAAGCUUUCUUGGCAGACAGUUACCCAUAUUACCUGAUAGUUGCAGAUGAAGGCCUGAACCAUCUACAAACAUACCUUUUCAACUUUUUAAUUACUCAGUCUUGGGCGAUGAAGGUCAACAUUGUCCUUUCCUCAGGGCAAACAUCCGAUAUUCUUCGACUUUAUGCAUAUCUUAUGCCAAGCAUGCAUAAAAACCAAAAAUUUUUCAAAGAGAAUAAAAAGAAGAUUGAGAGUGCUUAUAAAACCCUGAUUAAACAAUUGGAAGAGUAUAGAAUUUCAGCACUAGAAUCACUUUUUGGAAAAUUAAAAUGGAAAAAUAUGAUGAAAGAGGCAUGUGAAACUAUUUCUCAGCUUAAGCAACUCUGGCCAGAAGGAUCUGACAUUCGACGUGUUCUUUGUGUUACUUCAUGCUCGUUGUCUUUGAGAAUGUACCAUCACUUUUUAGAAAACAGAAAGAAGACUAUGUCUGAUGAAAAAACUAACAUCCAAGAGGUGGAAAGUAAUUGCUUAGCUUUACAAGAGAUGGAAGAUUUGUGUAAACUGCAUUGUCUCAGUGUGGUUUUCCUUCUCCACUUACCUCUUUCUCAAAGAGCCUGCACUAGAUUCAUCACUUCUCAUUGGACUAAGAACAUUCACACUUUCUUAAAAAUGAAAAAGUGGUGUGAAUAUUUCAUCCUAAGUAAUAUAAACAUUUGUGAAUUCUGGAAUCUGAAUUUAAUUCACCUUUCAGACUUAAGUGAUGAGGUUUUGUUGAAGAAUAUUGCUUUUUACUAUGAAAAUGAAAAUGUUGAAGGCUUACAUUUGAAUUUGGGAGAUAUCAUUAUGAAAGAUUAUGAAUAUCUUUGGAAUACUGUGUCAAAGUUGGUUGGAAAGUUUGCUGUUGGAAAGCCAUUUCCUCUGAGAACAACAAAGCUUUGUUUUCUUAAAAAGAAUCCAUCACCAAUCAAAGAUACCUCCAAGGAAAAGAUUCCUAAUUUGGGAUUUAUUUCAAUGUCAUGUGAACUGGUUGAUAAGUUUGUUGGUGAUCUUUUGAAAGACUUGCCUUUCUUAAAGAGCGAUGAUCCUACUGUGACUUCACUAGUUAAACAAAAGGAAUUUGAUGAACUUGUGCAUUGGCAUUCUCACAGACCCCUUAGUGAUGAUUAUGAUAGGACAAAGUGUCAAUUUGAUGAAAAAUCUAGAGAUCCUCGUUAUCUUAGGUCUGUGCAGAAGUAUCAUGUUUUCCAGCGAUUUUAUGGGAGUUCAUUAGAAUCAGUCUCUCCAAAAUUGGUUGUAACUCAAGCUGUCAAGCCAAAGAAUAAUUUCAGUGCACCCAAGAAGAAAAAGGCACAUGAGACCAAGGCUGAAAUAAUUACUAAAGAGAAUAAAAAGAGAUUAUUUGCUAAGGAAGAGGAAAAAGAGGAGAAAAAGUGGAGUGCUCUGUCAUUUUCUAUUGAAGAGGAAAUGAAAGAGAACUUAAACUCUGGAAUAAAGAACCUGGAAGAUUUUUUGAAAUCAUGUAAAAGUAACUCAGUGAAAUUUCGAGUUGAAAUGGUAGCAUUGACUGCCUGCUUGAAAGCAUGGAAAGAACAUUGCCGAGGUGAAACCACAAAAGAUUUAAAUAUAGCUGUUCAAAUGAUGAAAAGGAUCCAUUCCUUGAUGGAAAAAUACCCAGAACUUUUGCAGGAGGCAGAUCAGCAACUCAUAGCCAAAUGCCUGAAGUAUUUAGGAUUUGAUGAAUUGGCAACUUCUUUCUAUCCGACCCAGGUUGCAAGAGAUGACAUAAAGAAGAAAAUAGAUAAAUACUCAAUUGGCAUUGGGCCAGUUCGGUUUCAACUACAGUACAUGGGCCAUUAUUUGAUACGAGAUGAGAGAAAAGAUCCAGAUCCCAGAGUUCAGGAUUUUAUUCCUGACACAUGGCAGCGAGAGCUCCUUGAUGUUGUGGAUAAUAAUGAGUCAGCAGUGAUUGUCGCCCCAACAUCCUCAGGCAAAACCUAUGCUUCCUACUACUGCAUGGAGAAGGUGCUGAAGGAGAGCAGUGAAGGGGUGGUCGUGUAUGUUGCACCAACAAAGGCUCUUGUUAAUCAAGUGGCAGCAACUGUUCAGAAUCGUUUCACCAAAAAUCUGCCAAAUGGUGAAGCUCUGUGUGGUGUUUUUACAAGGGACUAUCGUCAUGAUGCCCUAAACUGUCAGGUACUUAUUACAGUUCCUGUCUGCUUUGAAAUUCUGCUAUUAGCUCCUCAUCGCCAAACGUGGGUGAAAAGGAUCAGAUAUGUUAUAUUCGAUGAGGUCCAUUGUCUUGGUGGAGAAAUUGGAGCAGAAGUCUGGGAGCAUCUCCUUGUCAUGAUCCGAUGCCCUUUUCUGGCUCUUUCAGCUACCAUAAGUAAUCCUCAGCAUCUCACUGAGUGGCUACAAUCAGUAAAACACUACUGGAAACAAGAAGACAAUACAAUGAGAAAAAAUACUGCUUUUAAAAAAAAUGCUGUUUGUUGUGCCAAUUCUCCCAAAGAUUACUUCCAAAUAAAGGAAUCAUAUAAAGUUAGACUUGUGCUCUACGGUGAGAGAUACAAUGACUUAGAGAAGUAUAUAUGUUCAAUAAAACAUCAUGACAUCUGUUUUGAUCAUUUUCACCCAUGUGCUGCACUAACAACAGACCAUAUUGAAAAGUAUGGAUUUCCUUCUGAUCUUACCCUUUCCCCUCGAGAAACCAUCCAGCUCUAUGAUAGCAUGUUUCAAUUCUGGGAAAGCUGGCCCAGGGCCCAGGAAUUUGAUCCAGAAAAAUUCAUUCAUUUUAAAAAUAAAAUAGUCAUUAAAAAGUUGGAUGCUAGAAAAUAUGAAGAGAGCUUAAAGGCCGAAUUAACAAGCUGGAUCAAAAAUGGCCACGCUGAGGAGGCAAAAAUGGUUCUGAGGAAUCUUAGUCCUGAUUCAGUUUUUAGUUCAGAAAACAUGAUAACAAUGUUUCCACUUCUCGUUGAAAAGCUAAGGAAAAUGGAAAAGUUACCAGCAUUAUUUUUUUUAUUCAACUUAAGCGAUGUGGAAAAAACAGCUAAACGGGUGAGAAGUUCCCUGGAGAAAAAGCAAGAGAGACAAAGGCCUCCCAAAGCUGACAAAGAAGCCCAUGAUAUGACUAACAAACUUCGAAAAAUUAAAAAAUCCAUUGAGAAACAAAGGACAAUAGAUGAAAAAAGCCAGAAAAAUCCCAGAAAAAUGGAUCAAAUGCUAAUACAUGAAGCUGAACAUAAUAAUCUACUCAAGAUUUUGGAGAAGAACCUGGAAAUCCCUCAAGAGUGCACUUAUGCUAAUCAAAAAGCGAUAGACACCGAGACUUUGCAGAUGGUGUUUGAUCGAGUAAAAUUCACAAGAAAAGGUGCAGAGCUGAAGGCUUUGGCAGAAAGGGGUAUUGGCUAUCAUCACAGCUCUUUAAGCUUCAAAGAAAAACAGUUAGUUGAGAUUCUUUUUAGGAAAGGAUUUAUUAGGGUGGUGACAGCUACUGGGACACUUGCUUUAGGAAUCAACAUGCCUUGCAAAUCUGUGGUUUUUGCUCAAAACUCAGUCUAUCUGGAUGCUUUAAAUUACAGACAGAUGUCUGGACGUGCUGGAAGACGAGGUCAAGACCUGCUGGGAGAUGUAUAUUUUUUUGAUAUUCCAUUGCCCAAAAUAGAAAAACUCAUUAAAUCCAAUGUUCCUGAACUGAGAGGACAGUUCCCUCUUGGCAUUACCCUGGUCCUACGACUCAUGCUGCUGGCUUCCAAGGGAGACGACCCAGAGGAUGCUAAAGCAAAGGUGCUGUCAGUGCUACAGCAUUCAUUGCUGUCCUUCAAAAAACCCAGAGUCAUGGAGAUGUUAAAACUUUAUUUCUUGUUUUCUUUGCAAUUCCUUGUGAAACAGGGCUAUUUAGAUCAAGAAGGUAAACCAGUGGGGUUUGCUGGACUUGUAUCACAUUUGCAUUAUCAUGAGCCUUCUAAUCUUGUUUUUGUCAGUUUUCUUGUAAAAGGCCUUUUCCACAAUCUCUGUCAGCCAACUAGGAAAGAUUCAAAACAUUUUUCUCAAGAUGUUAUGGAAAAACUAGUGUUAGUAUUGGCAAAUCUGUUUGGAAGAAGACCUCUUCCAGCAAAGUUCCAGGAUACUACUGUCAAGUUUUAUCAAUCAAAGGUUUUCCUUGAUGAUCUCCCUGAGGAUUUUAACGAUGCUUUACAUGAGUAUAACAUGGACAUUACAAAAGCCUUUGCCUCUUUCCUACUAAAUGUUUCCAAAUUGGCUGAUAUGAAACAGGAAUAUCAACUCCCAUUGUCAAAAAUAGAUUUCACAGGAAAAGAAUGUGAGGACUCUGAACUUGUAUCUCACUUGAUGAACUGCAAAGAAGGAAGAGUAGCUAUUUCCCCAUUUGUUUGUCUCUCUGGGAACUCUGAUGGUGAUUUGCUUCAACCAAAUACUCCAAACCAUGUCAUUCUACGCACAAUUGGUAUCAAUCACAAUCAGGCUCCUGUGUUGUCGUCACAGAUAUUUGAUAACCAAGGAAGAAGAAUGCCACUUAAUGCUUACGCACUUGAUUUCUAUAAACAUGGUUCCUUGAUAGGACUAGUCCAGGACAACAGGAUAAAUGAAGGAGCUGCUUAUCAGUUGUUGAAAGAUUUUGCACUCACCAUUAAAUCUAUCAGGCUUUAUCUGACUCUGGUCUCUCAUGCUGGCUUCCUGUUUCCAUCUUUAGCAGAGUACAGUGGGGAUUCAAACAACUCUAAACUUUCUAUGGAUAUACCCAUCCUAAGGGUUUAUUACAAGGUCCACCCUCAGGCCCAUCUAGUGUUGCCUGGUUAAAUAAACAUCUUCUUAAAGCUUCCUGUUUGUGUGCACUUCAAUAUUUUAUGGGUUUUCCCUUUUAUAUCACGUACUUUAAAAAAUUAAAUAUCUUCACAUAUAUGUAUACAUGCAAUUAGCCAUGAAUCUCUUUAUGAAUUUCUUGCUAAUCAGGUCACUGGCUUUUAAUUUUUUGAUUUGAGAUUAAUUAGACCUGUUUGGAUGUUUUAUACAAAGAAUGAGACUUUGGGGAUGCUAGAACAAAGGAAACUGCUCUAGAUAUUUUCUUGAGUAUAUCCAGACAGUGUAUUUCUUGAGUGGUUCAUGGUUAUUCAAGAGUAUCCCAGGAAACACCGGAGACUUUGUAACCAUCUCAAAAUCUCAUCCUAGAAAUAUCAUUCAUUCAUCUGAAAAGUAUUGAAUAUUGUUGGUUUGAGACAUACUUCUAGGUAUUUGAUAUGUAGCGAAUCAGUAAAUCUUUUCCUGCUUUAAAUGUAAUCUUACAGUGUAGUGUGAAGAAACUGACUUGUAGCUACUAAAAAGGCAGUAAGUGCUAGGAUGACAGAUAAUGAGGCAACCUUGGAUUCAGAGAAGGACUUUCAAAUGAAGUAAUUUUUUCACUAAAUCUUAAAGGAUCUUAAGGGAUAGGGCAGAGGAAAUAGUGUUUUCAAAGUACAGAAAUGAAAAAGGGUCUGAUAUGUCAGGGAUAGGCUUCAAUCUCACUCAAGUGGCAUGGGGAAUAUGGGAGAUGUGAUAGAGAUGGGGAAGAUACUGAGUUGCUUAAAGCAGCUUUAAAGGCAAUUAGGAUAUGUAUUGGAAAGGGUCUUAAGUCUCAUAUUAUGGAGUGGGCUUAAUAUUAUGAAUAAUGUGUAGACAGUGUAUAGGCAUGGGUAUGAUAUGGAUCUGUGGUUUAUAUAUGUGACAGAGAUGUAUAAGGUUUAUCUGUUUAUAUAUGUGACGGAGACUCAAAGGCUAUAAGAGCCAUGCAAGUGAGAGUGAGUGUGAGUCUGAAUUAAGGAAAGAGAAGUAGUGAUGUAAAGGAGUAGUUAGAGAAAUACUUAUAGGAUAGAAUUCAGAGAAAGUUUCAAUAAAGUUCAUGUGGUUGGUGAUGAUAAUAAGUUUCUAUCUUAGUUAAGGAUACCUAAGAAAUAUAGAAGUGAGGAUGAAGUUUGAGGAGGACUAAGAACCAAAAAUAAUGAGUUAGAAUUUAUACAUGUUCCGUAAUAUCUGUGGGGUAUAAUUCAAGAGGAAAUGGUCAGUGUCAUAAUUAUAAGUCUAUGAUUAGGAGUAUGUUCAGUGUUAUAGAUACAGAUCUGGUCAUUCUUUGUGGUAGGUCAGUGAAGACACUAGGAAAAAUUCUGGAACUCUAGUGCAACCAAGAUAGAUAAGGAAUUACAAAAGGCUGAUAAAAUGUCAGAUGCCGAUUGUGGUCAGUACUUUUAUCAGCCCAUCUGCACUGUUCAUUCUUGGAUUUCCUCUCUCCUUUCUUUUCACUUGCUUAUACAUUUCUUGUUGCUGCUGUAACAAAUUACCACAAACUCAGUGGUUUGAACCAACACAAAUUUAUUAUCUUACAGUUCUGGAAGCCUGGUGUCCCAAACAAGUCUAACUCCAUUAAAAUCAAGAUGUUGGCAAAGCUAAUUUCUUUCUGGAGACUUGAGGACCAUCUGUUUUAUUGUCUUUUCUAGCUUCUAGAUGCUGCUGGCAUUAUUUUGCUUAUGGUCAUCUUCAAGGCCAGCAAUGGUGGUGACUUACAUUUGCAUUACUCUGAGAUGAACUCUCUCCUGUCUCCCUCUCACAAAAUCUUUUAGACUAUAUUGGGCCCACCCAGAUAAUACAGAAUAAUUUUUCUAUCACAAAGUCAGCUGAUGAGCAACUUGAAUUCCAUCUGCAACCUUAAUUCUCUUUGCUGUGUAAACUAACAUAGUCCUAGAUUUCUGAGGAUUAGAAAACACAAAUAAAGGUCACUCUUCUGUUUAUUACACCCUGUUUUUUAAAAAACUUUCUCACAUAUCUAGGAAAAGGAAGUAAUAUUUUGCUCUUCAUAGAGGUACUUGCUUAUGGAGUUCAGUAUAUACUGGACAUGAUAGUCAAAAAAA